CAGUUUUUAGUUCAGUUUUGGUUCAAUUCUUUAGGUUUUAGGUUUUUUGGUUUUAGAGAUAUAAGAAUUAUUCAGUUAUUUAUGAGAUUAGUUUUUUUUUACGUUUUUUAUUUCUGUUAUGAUUUUCAUUUCUUGGUGUAUAUGAGAGUGUAUUUGAGUCUAUUGGGGUUUCAGGUUUUCGGGUUAAAUAUUUUGGCCCCAUUCGGGUAUUUAGAAAUUUCGGUUCGGUUUCAGUUCAGAUCUUUACGGGUUCGGGUUCAGAUAAUCUGUUUAAUGCAUCAGUCUUGGUCUAUUGGAAUUAUAAUAUCAUGCGUAUUCAUGGACUUUCACGAGUUUUUGAAGAACUCAUCUCUUGAUGUAGUUGAUUUGGUCAUCUUUCACUUUCACUUCCACUUUCUAACACUGCAUACAACUAACUAUUAAACACAAGCGAGCAUGUAAAAUUUGCGGCUUUUUUGCGGUGACAAAAAGAAAAUAAAGUCAUAUUUUGCAUAACUUCAAAAGCACUUUUGCGGCUUUUAAGCCCUAUCAAACGCAGUGAAUGGCUUAUGGCCACAUACUACGUUUGCUUCAAAAACCUUUGCUCUCUAGUCUCCAUAUUUUGUUCGUUUGUUAUUUCUCUAGUUAGGAAAACUGUAUGGUUUGAUUACGACAAUAACAAAUUUACAGGUCACAUGUGGGUUUGUUUGACCUUUUUGUUUGCUUCGGGCACACGGUUGUAUAUAAAAUUUAAAUCUUACUUUGACCUGAAGUUACCCCCAAAAAUAAGAUGAAAUUACAUGUGGGUGGUGAAAAACAAGAUGAAAUUACCCCCAAAAAUAAUAAAAUGAAGCAAUUUUUACAACCAAUAACAUACCCACAUUUUCAUUUUGAAUAUUAUAUGGGCUUACGACAUGAAGAUGAUACUAUAAAGAAUACGUUAGGAUCAAGUUUGAGUCGUUGGUAAGUUCUUUCUAUUAAAAAAUCGAAAAAGUUAUACAGAAAACAUGACUUAACAUUACGCCACUAUGUGUUGAUUGAAUCUCUCUUACAAAUCAUUAAAUUCUCCACUAAGACAAAUGAGAGAACGAUAAAAAACCACACAUGAAGACAAAACCAAAACGUUCAAGUUUGAUUUAAACCAGGGAGGCUGUGAUGUUUCCUUCUUCAUUUAAAUAUGACACACGUUUCUUCUGUAUAUGCAACGACUCAGUAGGCGUCAUAACAGAGAUACCAAUCAGCCUCAAGCAUUCCGGUUUGGUUUUUCUAACGAUUUGAUUCCGGUUCAGUUUGGCAUUUCUUAAAACAAACUAUUCACGCAUUUAAACCAAACCUCAAUCCAUACGGUUUGAACCAAACUGAUACUGUAUUACGAAUCAAUGCCGAAACAAUGAUCCCACGACGUGCUUUGCCGUUGACCUUUUUUUUUUGUUUCAGCUAGUGCUUCACGACCAAAUAAGUUAUUAUAAAGAACAAGAGCCAACAAAGAUCAUUCAAACAUCACACAUUGUUCAAAUGGAAGCUCAAACUACCAUUCUCUAUCUCUUACUCUUCCUAUCUCUAAACUUCGUGUUUCAAACUCUAAAACAACGGCUGAGUCCGGCAAAUACGCGGCGACUAACCCGUUUCCUCCACCUCCCGUUCAAGCAUCCCGCCGCAGCCGCCGUUUUCGCCAGACAAGAUGUCCAUGAGUUUCUCGAUACAUCAACCCAAGUAGAGAACAACGAAGACGAUUCCGAGUUCGACUUCAAACCUUACAUGAAAACCAAAGCAGAGUCAAUAAACAGAGCGCUAGACAAAGCCAUCCCACUCGUCGAGCCUCUCAACAUCCACAAGGCAAUGCGCUACGCGAUCCUCGCCGGCGGCAAACGCGUCAGACCAAUACUCUGCCUCGCGGCCUGCGAGCUAGUCGGAGGGGAAGAGCGUUCGGCGGUUCCGGCGGCUUGCGCGGUCGAGAUGAUUCACACGAUGUCACUCAUCAAAGACGAUCUUCCUUGCAUGGACAACGACGACCUCCGGCGAGGUAAGCCCACGACGCACAAAGUCUUCGGAGAAAGCGUCGCGAUUCUCUCCGGCGGCGCGCUCCUAGCUCUGGCCUUCGAGCAUUUGACGGAAGCUGACGUGUCGCCUGAGAGAAUGGUUAGAGCGGUUAAAGAACUGGCGAAGUCUAUAGGGACGAAAGGGCUCGUGGCGGGACAAGCGAUGGAUUUGAGCAGCGAAGGUUUGGAUCAAAACGACGUCGGGUUGAAGGAGCUUGAGUUUAUUCACGUUCAUAAAACCGGUUCGCUGCUUGAGGCUUCGGCGGUUAUCGGAGCGGUUAUUGGAGGUGGUUCGGAGGAAGAGGUUGAGAAGGUGAGGAGGUUCGCGAGGUGUAUUGGGUUGUUGUUUCAGGUGGUUGAUGAUAUUUUGGAUGGGACUAAGUCGUCGGAGGAGCUGGGGAAGACCGCCGGGAAAGAUCAGGUGGCCGGAAAGCUGACGUAUCCGAAAGUGUUGGGACUUGAGGAAAGUAAAGAGUUUGUUAAGAGGCUGAAGAAAGAGGCGAGGGAACAUCUUAAAGGGUUUGAUUCAGACAAAGCCAAACCCUUGGUAGCUCUUGCUGACUUCAUUGCCAACAGAAAUAACUGAUAUUGCAUGCUGAAAGGAUAAUCAGAUACUUUUUGUUGUGGAGAUGUUAAAUUAUUUAAAUCAAAAUAUACAAUUGUGAAAACGGGUAAAAUUAGCUGUUUGAUUGGGACUUAAAUAGAUAUUUGUUCUCUUGUAAAAUUACAUAAAAUAAAUUGGUUAAUUGGAAAGUUAAAUUAGAGUUAUUGUUCAAGAUGA